AUGCCGAGUCCGAAAUCUGCUAGUCCGGAUAAAAGCUCCAAAAAAGGGAGCCCUGAUAAGAACAAAUCAAAAAAAAGUCCCAAGGCAGAAGCAGACAAAAAAAAUGCUCCGGAACAGCCGAUUGAAGAGGAGGAACUGGUGGUUCCUGUGCCUGAAGGGGUAAUGCAUAAACGGAUGCGAUUUCUGUUAGAAACCAAAUUGAAAACCGAUGUGGAAUUCCUUGUCGGUCCGGAACACGCCCAAUCCAGUAUUAAGGCGCAUAAAUGUAUGCUAGCGGCGGAGAGUCCAGUGUUUGAGAAACUAUUCGCCGACUGUGAAGAAUGGAAAGUAAAUACGAUCAAGAAACGCGAAGAAGAAGCGCGCAAACUUCGUGAGGAAGAACGUGAAAUGGAAUUAGCCGCUCAGAAUGCUUCCACACCGAAAACCAAGAAAAGUCCGGAUAAAAAAGAUCAAAAAGGCAGCCCGGGCAAAAGUCCCGGGAAGAAAAGUCCUGGACAAAAGAGUCCUGAUAAAAAGUCGGACAAGAAAAGUCCAAAAGAUAGUCCUAAGAAAAGUCCCACACCGAAGAGUGGAAAAGAUAAAAGUCCAAAGAAAGUUGUAAUCUGCUCGGACAAACACUUCCUUAACAGAUAUAUCUAUUAUGACGAGAUGGUAUUCACCGGAGUGGUGGGCACGUUGCGAACCCUAUAUGCCGCGAGAAAGUAUUGUUUCUACGAUUUGGCACGGGCUUGUGUCAACUACCUGGAGAACAAUGUUUGUAUUGAACAUGUGCUUAAACUGCUCAAGGCCAGUUUUGAUUUUAAUGAGCCCCGAUUGCGCAGUCUCUGCAUGCGUCUGAUCAUCAACGACACGUUUGAGGUGUUAAAACGUGCCGAAUUCAAAGAUGUGCAUCGGGAUCUGAUAGUGCAAAUCCUGCAACAGGAUGUGUUAAACAUUCGCGAGAUCGAACUGUUUGAUCAGGUGAUGCAUUGGGCCGAGAACGAGUGUGAACGCAUUGGAAUCCCUGUCACCGCCAUGAAUCAGCGUAUUGCCUUGGGUAAUCACAACUUUGCCAAUAUCCGUUUUCCCACAAUCCUGCCCCAUGAGUUUGCUACACAUGUGGUAGAAAGUGGUGCCCUAAAAACAGACGAGAUUAUUUCCAUUCUGCAAUAUCACAUCACAGGCAGAAAACCCAAAGUUCCUUACUCGUGCAAAACAAGACGUCGACCCUGUCUGGAUCUCAGUCCACUUGACAAUGCCAGUGUCGCUUUCUCCGAGCAAACUGAUGUCACCUUCCUGGUCUACUCGGGUAAUAUCCGACGCGCGCACAGUUUUCGUGAUAUUUAUAUUCCCGAAGUUAUUCUCCCACCCGUGAAAACAGCCCUGAUCAAGGAACGCCAACGCACCGGAUCACCACCAGCUCGAUUCCAUCUGACCGAUGAUGAAUUUGACGAAGUCGACGCAAACAUCAAACAUCUGGCCCGGCUGUAUCACGAACGCUUGCACUUUGAGUACGGCAAGCAACAUAUGGCUAUUAUGCGCACGCAUUACAAAUAG